AUGCUUAAUGUUAACCUUAUUUCUGGUACGCUCCCUGAUACGAUAGGGAACUUAACAUCCUUGGAAAAGUUGGAGAUUUCUUUCAACAAGCUCAGUGGAAGCCUGCCAAAAAGUUUCGGAAAGCUAAGGAACUUAAUUUAUAUGAGUGUGCAUCAUAAUUUGUUGACUGGAGAUGUCACGGAAGAUCACUUUGCCAAUCUAACAGCAUUGACCUCAAUACGGGCAGAGGCAAACAGGCUAACUCUAAAUCUAAGCGUUAAAAGCUGGACCCCGCCUUUCAAACUUGACGUCCUAAGAAUAGGUUCUUGGAAUUUAGGCCCUCGGUUUCCUUCAUGGAUUCGGUCACAAGGAAAUUUGACAGAGUUAGACAUAAGCAACACAGGGAUUUCCGACAUCAUGCCUAGUUGGUUUUGGAGCUCGUAUUCAGAUGUUAUUUUCUUGAAUAUAUCUCACAAUAGUAUCCAGGGGACGUUGGUAGAAGAACUUAGUAUCCUUGCCCCAAAUGCAGUCGUAGAUCUAAGUAACAACCGUUUCGAAGGUCCGUUACCUGGAAAAUUCAACGAUGCUGACUUUGUUCUUCUAGAUGCAUCAUACAAUCAUCUUUCUGGAUCUCUUGAGAAAUUCCUAUGUCCUCGUUUCGAAAGAGAUAGGCCGCUAAUAUUUCUUGAUCUGGCCAAUAACAACCUGUCAGGCGUUAUUCCAGAUUGUUGGAUGAAUUGGCAAGCUUUAUCAGUCAUAAACUUUGAGAAUAAUAAUCUUUCUGGUGGAAUUCCAAAAUCUAUAGAGAGCUUAUCUUCCAUCCAAUCAUUCAACAUCCGCAACAACAAUCUCUUUGGAAAGCUACCGGCAUUUCUUUUAAAUUCAAAAAGCUUAGAAAUUAUCGAGCUUGCUGAGAAUAAACUCACUGGUAGCAUACCUUUGUUGAUAGAUGGAGAAGAAACAAAGUUGAAACUAGUCAGCCUCAGAUCAAACAUGUUGGCCGGUGAAAUCCCGGAAGAAUUCUGCCGACUUACAUCCAUCCAAAUCUUGGAUCUUGCUUAUAACAAUCUUUCUGGAACCCUGCCGACAUGCUUCUACAACUUCAGCAUAAUAUCUGGAAGGCAACCAUCGAAUGCGUUUGUGCUAUAUGAUGUGCUAUUUCAGGUGCAAAUUCUUGGCAGUGCGUUGUUGGUGACUAAAGGAAGAGAGUUCGAAUAUAGAUCGAUUUUGGGUCUAGUCACAACCUUGGAUCUUUCGAGUAACAAAUUCUCUGGCCCCAUUCCGAAGGAACUUAUGGGCCUCGCAGGCUUGCGCUGGCUAAACUUAUCCGGAAAUCAUUUAACCGGAAGAAUUCCAGAAGAGAUCGGUAAAAUGACAUCACUUGAAUCUCUUGACUUGUCUCUAAAUCAGCUUGAGGGGAAGAUUCCUUCGAGCAUGUCGAGGUUGACAACCUUAAAUUGGUUGAAUCUGUCUUCCAACAGAUUAACCGGAGAAAUCCCAACAAGUACUCAGUUGCAAAGCUUCAACGAGACAAGUUUCAUGUCGAACACGCUUUGUGGGCCUCCACUUGCAGCAGUAUGCAACAAGAAAGGGGUCCCACCUGAUGCAGGCGCGGGAAGUGGAGCAGGAGAACAAACUGAUGAUGAGUCAGAUGAACGGAACUGGGGAUUUAUCAUCAGCAUUGUGCUUGGAUUUAUAAUUGGCUUCUGGGCUGUGGUUGCUCCUCUGAUUGCUAGCAAAGUAUGGAGAAAUUCUUACUUUGAUUUUCUUUAUAGUCUGUGGCUUAAGAUUUGUCUUGCUUGUCAUAAGAAUUCCUUUAGAAUACCUCUAUCAUGA